AUGGACGAAACCGAGUUGAUAAACAAGAAGGCCGAUGUGCAGCAGAGACGCCUCAGUCUCAUCGACGUCUCGUCUGAGGACGAUUCGCUCAUCAAUUCCUAUGCUGGAGACCUCCGGUUUUCAAUUUCAGAAGAUCAGGAAAACAGAAGUUUUCAGUUGUUUGAGGCUAUGGUUGCUAACAAAUUGGAGGACGUGCCUGAAAACCUUGAGCUAAGCGAGCAAGUAACUCAACCCUCUGAGUCUUUGGAACCAGAAAUGACAAAGAGAAGUGGCAAGUACAAUUUGCGCAAAAGUUUAGCUUGGGAUAGUGCUUUUUUCACCAGUGCAGGUGUUCUGGAUCCUGAAGAGCUGUCUACCAUGAUUGAAGGAGAAAAGAGUGGAAAACAUAUGUUACCUGGAAUUCAAGAGGAAAUUCAUAGAUCCACUGAUUCAAUCUCCACAUUAGAAAGUGAUACUUUGACACUAGAAAGUAUUGAGGUCAAUUUGUUUGAAGAUGUAAGAGUUUCAAUCCAGAAAUCCAAUAAAGCAUCCAGUGUAGUGGAUGAAAGUAUGGAGGGUUCGAGAGUAACAGCAACCAAAAUUAGUGGUUCUUCAAAGGGGGUAGAUUUUGCUUCUCAAGAUAAGGUGAUUCCUAGACUUCCAUCUAAGAAGCCAAGUAUCAAUGUGCAAAAACCAAGGAAAAUGAAAAAUUUAUCUACAUGUCCACAAAUAUCACAGUCUGUUUCCGCACGAGAGUCAACUACAUCUCUUUUGAAGCGAACAAAGGUUUUAGGGAAGCCUAAUCCUAGCCCAACAGGAUUAACCAAGAGGGCUUCUCUGGGUGGCAACCUUAUGAAAAUGGAAAAGGAUAAUGUCAAAAGCGCAACUGGUAGAGGGGCUCCAUUGCCAAAAAUACCCUUAAGUUCCCGACUUGUGCCUCGUCCUGGACCAUUAUCUAGAUCAUCCUUGGGUUCUUCACCCACAGCCAAGAGAGAAGUAGCUUCUUCCUCAUUUGAAAGUUCUGGUAGUACUUCAUCUAACAACAUUGGUAAAUCUCCCUUCAACUCCAAAAGAAAAACUGAUUCCAGGACUGGUAAUCCACCUUCCUCUGGUUCAACCUGGGAAACACCAUCACGAAUUGAACCAAGAAAUAAAAGUCAGUCUGGGAAAUCUCAUCUGUCAACUAAUAUGGUGCUGGAGACAAAGCUGCUCACUUGCACAUCACCUUCUAGCUCUGUCAGCGAAUGGUCCUCAGAGUCAUCAUCAUCAAUUUCGACUUUGAAAAAAAUGUCAUACAGUCCAAGAGCUAGCCUUGACAUAAGAUCUUCCAAAAGCGGCUCUGUAGAUGGUGAUCCACCGGAGAUUUUGGAUUUGCAGAACUAUGCUUAUGAUCAUAGCUCAACUGGAGAUGAGACUCAGGUCGCUGAGUUACUUAGUCAGUGUGCGGUGAAAGCUCCAAUCGAAAAAAGCGGUGCACUUCCUCUAGCUUCAAAACCUUCCGGAUUACGAUUGCCAUCACCAAAAAUUGGCUUCUUUGACGGGGUGAAGUCAGCAUUGCCCUCUCCCAAUGGAAGUAUGCAGCCUCAUCCUGUCGUACCUAGUGGCUUGCCUAAAAGUGGGGCACGAAGUAUUACCCAGGGUGGGGGCCAAAACAAGGCAAAGCCGGGAAAGCUUCAACCUGCUAGAAUUGUGACAAAAUUAGGGAAUAAAAAACCUGAUGCUCAAAAUACAUCCUUUAAUAUGAAACCGAAGUCUCCAAAACCACUUCAGCAAGCAUCAAAUGCUGCAAAGAAGGUCUUUAGUCCCUCAAGGAACAGCAUAUCUCCAAAAGUUCCAAGUACAGGGUCUCGUAAAUCUGGUAGAGAAAAUCACUUGAAGCAUGAGAAAAUUGGAACUGAAGGACAUGGUAUUGACAUUGAUGAGCAAGAAAACUGUGCUGCAGGGCCAAAUGACUGCCUUGUUUUCUCAAAAGAUAAAGUGAGCCCAGCAUUGAAGGGCCAUUCCCAUGUAAAGGCUGCAAAAGUCACUCCUAUUGAUGGAGGGUCUACUACUAUCUCUGAUUCAAGUUCCACUUGUGAUGCUGACAAAAUAACCCCUUCUGAGAAAGUAAGUGAAGAUGCAACAUAUGAAUCACGUAAAGCAAAGGAGAUGGAAAGAUCUCAUAUCGAAGAUUUGGUUGAUGGCUUGAGCAGACAAGUCGGAGCUAUGGACAUAAAGGCGGAGACUCAGCAAAUGCUUGCUGCUGAUUCUCUCUCCUAA